CCUGCAGUGUGUCUUGUAUGUCAUGAGGGAAGAGAGGCUCUAGACAGUGACUGGACGCCAUGACUUUUGUGACGCGCCGCUUGAUUGUACGUCAUCGUCUGGAGCGAUAUUGGAACCGGCACUGCCAUUUUGAUGCGAGCUGCGUUGGAUUUUACACCUUGCAUCUUUGUACAUCAUGUCUACAAUCAUAGAGUCGAGACCUAGAGGGACUUAUACCCCUGUAGACUGUCCACAAUGUCGAUCUCAACAAGAAUACAUGAUCCCACCUACGUUCAUCGGCACACUGCGCGUACGAUGUGCUCAAUGCAAAUCUCUAUUCAGUCAUCCUCAGCCUAAACCCUCUUCUUCGGGUCCAGGAGGAUCUUUUGGAUUUGGAGCAGGAACCUCCUCGUCGGGGACAUCUUCGUCCCGAUUCGGUGGAUCAGCAGGUGCAGGUAGUGGUAUGGGGUCUAGGGCCGGAGGUGGACGAUCCAUUGGAACCGAUAAGAACCCUAUCGACUUGGCUUAUUACGAUGUGUUGGGACUGGACAGUCAGUGUACCACGGAGGACGUCAAGAAGGCUUAUCGACGCUUGGCGAUCAAGUUGCAUCCGGACAAAAAUCGUGAUGAUCCCGAUGCGGAAGAGAAGUUCAAACAAAUUUCUAUCGCUUAUCAAGUUCUGUCGGAUCCUGAUCUGCGACACAAGUACAAUGAGUUUGGCCAAAAGAACGGAGGAGGAUCCGCAGAGCCUGCGGGAGGUUUCCAAGAUCCAGAAGAAGUCUUUGGCAAAAUGUUUGGGGGUGACAAGUUUGAGCCGUUGAUCGGUCAGAUUUCCAUCGGGAAAGAUAUGAAAGAUGCUUUCCAACAACAAUCAGAGCAGGAAGAAGGCGACAUGAUGAUUGGUCCUGGUGGCAGAAGGAUGAUGACUCCAGAGGCUAUGCAGAGGAAGAUGGCAAGAGAUAGGAUCAGAGCGGAGGAGAAAGCUAGAAUCCGCAAGGAGAGAGUGGAUAAACUUGCAGAAGCGCUUCAAAACAAGCUUGCGGUGUUCACUGAAGCUGCUCGAGGACCCGAAGAUAAGGCAGUAGCGGCGUCCUUCAAGGAGAAAUGUCGGUUGGAAGCAGAAGAGCUCAAGGACGAGAGUUACGGUGUGGAAUUAUUGAAUGCCAUUGGCCGGGCGUACCAGGCCAAAUCUUCGCAACACAUGGCGUCAUCGCAAUUCGCCCCUCUCGGAUGGUUCCAUGGAGCUAAAAAUACGUUCAAUGCUGUCUCUGAUACUGUAUCAACUCUGCGCUCAGCUCUUGAACUCAAAGCUAUCUUUGACAAGCUGCAAGCUUCUGAGCAGGCUGGACUAGCCCCCGAACAACUCCGCAAGCUUGAAGAACAAGCCGCUGAACAGGGCAUGAGGACUAUGUGGAAAGGUGCCAAACUCGAAGUUGAGAGUGUCGUCCGAGAGACGAGUGAAAAGGUCUUGGCCGAUCCGUCCAUCUCUGCGGAAAAGCGACACAUGCGAGCCGUGGCUCUGGGACUCAUGGCAGAGGCUUUCGAAAGUAUUGGCAAAGAAGCUGACAAGCCGGAGAAACAAGACGACUUUGUCAAGGUCGACACGCCAGCUUCGAAACAGAGAGAUGCGGAAAAGGCUCAAGCAUCGACGACGACCAGUAGUACCGGUGGUACCGGAGCGAGAACGGCGCCUGGUCGGAUUGUCCCGACCAUGCCUAAUGAGAAGACCCCUUCAGCCACCCGUCCUCAAGGCACAGCGCCUCACGUUCCCCCUCGUCCUUCUGCUGCAACGGCAUCUGCUCCAGUGCCUCCACCUCGACCCGAGGGAACGGCUCCAGCUGCGACUGCCGCCGCGCCCCCUAUUCCUCCCCAUAGACCCCAGGAGGCAUCCAAGGCCACAGAGGAGAAUGAAAGAGAGGAGAUUCAGCGGGCAGCGUACAAGGCUUAUGAGAGCAAGCGCAGGAGUCAUACAUCGGCACCUGCCGCCCAGCCUGGACCCAACGAUCCUCCGUCUUCCGCUCAAUGAAUCGCUCAGAAGUCCGUGUCACUUCGUUAU